AUGAGGUCGGGUGCCCCAUUGCACCCACCUAAGGUUUUGUACGAUGGUUGUCUGAUGGAUGAUGGAAUCGAUCAAUUUGUGGCUGUUGGUGACGCUGAUAUCUCAAUUGGAUGUCCAAACCAGCGGUCAAUGGCUAAUUCCAGCGCAAUGUCCGCCUUGCAAAUGCACCCAGGAAUAUUCUCACAAUUUCCACCUGAUUUACUGAACCGUUUUGAUGAGCUUAAAGUGUUCUGUGUUGCUGAUAAUAAAGACUUGAGGACUCUUCCAGAGGAACUGUUCCAGGGAACACCCUCACUUGAGCGUAUAGACCUUAAUGAUGUUACGUUUGAAAGACUCCCCAGUGACCUUUUGAAAGGGUUACUGCAACUUGAGAAAAUAAGUGGAUUACGUUUGACAUCAUAUCCAGUUGGGCUGUUUGAAAAUCUCCCAAAUUUGAAAGAACAUACAUUUAUCGCAACAAGGGAGAACCUAAAUGGAGAUAUUUUUAGCGGAUCUACUAUUGAAAAACUAACUUUAGAACUGGAAUCCGUCAGGAUCUUAAAUGGUUCAUCAUUAAGUGGAUUAGGGGAAUCCUUGAGCUCAUUAAAAAUAACUGGUGAUGCAUUAGACACUUUAUCACCAGAGUUUUUGCAGCCUUUAACCAAAUUAGAAUCAUUUUACUUAACAGUUAAAAAUGUUACUAAUCUCUCAAAGGAAGCAUUUACAUUGGUGAAUGAUAAUCUGGCAGAAAUAAUUAUAGAAAAUGUGAACUUUGUCGAUAGUGACACAUUUAAAAACAUGUCUGGAUUGGUUAACUUAACUCUUCACAAUGUAGAUAAAAUCCACCCAGAUGCAUUUGGUGCACUGCAACUUAAAUCAUUAGCAAACUUAGAUUUGUCAAAUAACAGAUUAUUUACCCUUGAGUCAUCAUGGUUUGCUUCAAUGACUGCUCUGAGGACAGUAAGAUUGGAUAAUAAUAAGAUCACUACCACCCCAGAUGUGCUAUUUGAUCACAAAACACACCACAAACUAGAGACUAUCACUCUCACGGGAAAUCCAAUCAUAUGUAAUUGUGCUUUAGCAACAAUUGUGCAUUUUAGUGAACAUGCUAGUGACCUGAAUGUUGAAGGAAAUUGCUCCGCUCCAGAGAAAUUUAGAGGCUAUCCCAUGGGUAAUCUGAAAGUUGCUGAUAUAUGCAAUUUUGAAUUGUGGCAAGUGUGGCGUAACAGUUGCCUAAGUGGACACAAUGACAGAAUAAUAGAGGCAGCGAGCAAGAUAACAAUGACCUUGGAUAUGUGCAUGUAUGAGUGUAGGAAUGAGAGGUCCUUCCUGUGCCGAUCCAUUGAUUUCAACUCCGAUAUAAAGACAUGUUAUUUGAGCAAGCAUUGGUCGGGGAAUGCUCCAGUGGGAAAGUGUCUUUACAGUGGUGUAGACUUCUGGGACAGGAUUUUGGCAGAGAAUCUUCCUGAUGUUAACAGUCAAAGCUGUCCUGUUGACCCAACUGAAGGAGCAGAGCAUGAUAUGACAACACGGUGGACGUUGGAUGCACCAGAACUAGGAAAAGAAAGGGCAAUCCCUGAAGCUGCAGGGGGGAACCUCGUGAACAAAGUCUGGUUCCAGGCAGGUAUUUGGAUUAUGGUAGCAGCUAUUGUUGUAGCAGCCGCUGUAGGAGUCAUCUAUGUGCGCAAUGAUGCAAAGAAGCGGAAAAUGAUUGUUCAAUCAAGCACUACCUUGAAUCAAUUAUGACAAUGAAAAAUGAAAGUAUAAGCUAUGUGAGGUUUAAUUGUACUGUCUUAAUGGCAAGUAAGAUGCCAUGAUUUAAGGCCACCCUAAAUCAGUUAUGACUAAUGUAGAUAAGCUUUAUUAAGUCAAAGGCUAAGCCUGAAUGGUGGGCUAAGAUUACACAAGUAUGACAUAACAGGACAAGCACCAGCUUAAUCAGUUAUAACUUAUGACCAAAGAUAAGCUUUAUGAAGGUUAUUUGUUAUUACAUACAUCUGAAUAUUGAGCUGAGACAACAUGACAUGUCAAAAUGACAGGUCCCUUGACCAUAAUUGCGCAGGGUUAUUCUGAGCAAGAUAUGAAGAUUAUCUGUGUGAAAUCAGGCGUUUUGACAAUAUUGGAAGUGCAUAGGAUUAGAAGAACAAAAUUGCUAUGUUGAAAAUUGCAUGUAUUGAUGGCAUAGAAAUAGGUCGACAAAAAAUAUGUUUUAGAUAUGACUCUUAAAAUAAGUGGGUAUACAGGCACGUAGCCAGCUUUUGCCAAGGGGAGGGGUUCAUUUUAAAAACAAUCCUGGGGGGUUUCACAUUUGACCUUUUUGCCCCAAGAUCACUUGAAAAGUGCUCAGAAUGGUGGAAAACUUCAUGGUUUUGAAAGAAUGUUUGGUCAGGUUCACUAGCAUCCCACCCAACUCCCCA